AUGUCGAAUUUGACAAAGCUCGAAUUUGUUGCACUUGACAUCUCUAGAAAGAACUACCUUUCAUGGAUCAAUGAUGCUGAGGUUCAUCUUGAGGCUAUGAACCUAGGGGAAACCAUUAAGGAAGGCAAUGAGGCAUCCUCUGUGGAUCGAGCGAAAGCCAUGAUUUUUCUCAGAUGCCACAUCCAUGAAGGAAUGAAGUGUGAAUACCUUACUGUCAAGGAUCCGUUAGCCCUUUGGGGAAAUCUCGAGGAAAGAUAUGACCAUCAGAGGAUAGUUAUUCUUCCUAAGGCUCGCCAUGAUUGGAUGCACUUGCGUCUACAAGAUUUCAAAUCAGUGGCUGACUAUAAUUCUGCUCUGUUCAGAAUUAGCUCCAAGUUACGACUUUGUGGAGAGAAUAUAACUGAUGCAGACCUAUUGGACACAUUUCUUGCCUCCAAUGUGAACCAUCAGUCCCGUCCAACUGGAUCUGCACCAUUCCAUGAAGUGAAUGCUGCCUUGGCACCAUCUCAUGAGGCAUAUUCUACCUUAUCACAUGGCGACCGUCGUCGAGGACGUGGUCGUGGUAGGGGCAUCCGUAAUGGUCAAGUCCAAAAUAGUAAUAGCCACCGCUUGGGUCCAAGAAAUACCCAAGCAUCUCAUAACCACCAGAAGUGGAACAAACAAGACAAGGCAAAUGGCUCCCAACCUUCAGCUGACAGGGUGAUUGAGGAAGCAUGUCAUAGGUGUGGUACAAAUGGGCAUUGGGCACGUGUAUGCCGCACACCAAAACAUUUGGUUGAUCUUUACCAAGCCUCAAUCAAGGGCAAAGGAAAAAAGGUUGAGACAUAUUAG